AUGCUUAGAGGUCUAUCUACAGCAGCAAAGGCUAGCGGGUUUCAACUCUCAUCUUUAUCAAAUGGUCUAAGAGUGGCUACAUCUAGUGUUCCGGGACAUUUUAGUGCUUUAGGGCUAUACAUCAAUGCAGGUUCGAGAUAUGAAAAGAGAAAUCUAAAAGGAUGUACUCAUAUCCUAGAUAGGCUGGCGUUUAAAUCGACUCAACAUAUAGAUGGACGUACAAUGACCGAAACGUUAGAACUAUUGGGUGGGAAUUAUCAAUGUACAUCAUCAAGAGAAACAAUGAUGUAUCAAGCCUCUGUAUUUAAUAAUGAUGUUGAUCAAAUGUUAAGAUUAAUGGCAGAAACGGUAAGAUUCCCAAAUAUUUCUCAACAAGAAUUAGAUGAACAAAAAUUGGCUACACAAUAUGAAAUUGAUGAAAUCUGGUUAAAACCUGAUUUAAUCCUGCCUGAAUUAUUACAUACUACAGCAUUUGCAGGUGAAGCCUUAGGUUCUCCUUUAUUAUGCCCAAGGGAAUUAAUUCCAUCAAUCUCAAAAUAUUAUCUGAAUGAUUACAGAAAUAAAUUUUAUGUACCAGAGAAUACCGUUGCCUCAUUUGUCGGUGUCGAUCAUGACGUGGCAUUAAAAUAUGCUGAUAAAUAUUUGGGUGAUUGGGAAUCAACUCAUCCACCUAUUGUUAAAGAAGCAGCUCAUUAUACUGGUGGUGAAACUUGUAUUCCACCUGCACCAACGUUUGGUAAUUUACCUGAAUUAUAUCAUAUCCAAGUUGGAUUCGAGGGGCUCCCUAUCGAUCAUCCAGACAUUUAUAUCUUGGCAACAUUACAAACUUUGUUAGGUGGUGGUGGUUCUUUUAGUGCAGGUGGUCCAGGGAAAGGUAUGUACUCGAGAUUGUAUACACAUGUGUUGAAUCAAUACUAUUUCAUUGAAAACUGUAUAGCAUUCAAUCAUUCGUAUUCAGAUUCAGGUAUUUUUGGAAUUUCAAUCUCUUGCAUCCCUGAGGCUGCUGCACAAGCUGUUGAAAUAAUUGCAUUACAAUUUAGUAAUCUGUUUGCUAAUGAUCAAUUGAAAUUAUCUAACGAAGAAGUCUCAAGAGCUAAAAAUCAAUUGAAAUCCUCGUUAUUAAUGAAUCUUGAGUCCAAAUUGGUAGAAUUGGAAGAUAUGGGAAGACAAAUAUUGUUACAUAACCGUAAGAUCCCAGUAAGUGAGAUGAUCCAGAAGAUAGAGGAAGUGACUCCUGAAGAUAUCGAGAGAGUCGCCAGAACCGUCUUUACUGGAAAUGUGAAGAAUUUGGGUCAAGGUACUGGCAAACCUACUGUCGUCAUGCAAGGUAACAGAGAAGCUUUCGGUGAUAUUGAAGGCGUAUUUAGACAUUAUGGCCUAGGUAAAUAA